AUGUCCGGAUACAAAGAUCCUUGGGAGACAAGACAACUGGAAGCAGAACAUUUCACGCCUCCGCUCCUCCUGGCCGCUCGAUCCGGCAACACAGAUCUAGUCAAAGCACUUCUUGCAUAUGGCGCAAAUCCCAAUACUCCCUACCAUGGCAUCGGUGGUCUCCGUCGCGACAGCGAUGGCUCCGGGCUUAAGGCACAGGCUGGCUUUACCUGCGGAAGGGUCAUACAGUCAGCGAUGGAGUAUGGGCAUCCUGAGAUCGUCCAAUUGCUCCUCGAUGCAGGUGCUGAUAUCAAUCUUCCACGUCCAGUCUGGCCCGUGCCGGUGUGGCCAGUGGGGGGUCAUGUGUGUGAGCCAGUACCCAGAGCUGUAUAUCUUGAGGUUACUGCGGGCCUGGAGGCAGCGAUGUCAGCGAGAAGAGAGGCAAGGUGA